AUGGCGGACGGCGACAGCGGCAGCGAGCGCGGCGGCAGCGGCAGCGGCAGCGGCGGGGGGGGAGGCGGGGGAGGCUUCGCGGCGCCCCGAGGAGGAGGCGGAGGAGGGAGCGGGGCCGGCGGCGGGGGAAGCGGCGGCGGAGGCGGCGGGGCCGGCCCCGAGCAGGAGACGCAGGAGCUGGCGUCGAAGCGGCUGGACAUCCAGAACAAGCGCUUCUACCUGGACGUGAAGCAGAACGCCAAGGGGCGCUUCCUCAAGAUCGCCGAGGUGGGCGCCGGGGGCUCCAAGAGCCGCCUGACGCUCUCCAUGGCCGUGGCCGCCGAGUUCCGCGACUACCUGGGCGACUUCAUCGAGCACUACGCCCAGCUGGGGCCCUCCAGCCCCGAGCAGCUGGCGCAGGCCGCCGGCCCCGGCGGCGACGAGGGGAGCGGGCCCGGGCCUCGGCGGGCCCUCAAGAGCGAGUUCCUGGUGCGGGAGAACCGCAAGUACUACCUGGACCUGAAGGAGAACCAGCGCGGGCGCUUCCUCCGCAUCCGCCAGACCGUCAACCGCGGCCCCGGAGGGCCCGGCGGCUUCCCCGGCGGCCCCCCCGGGCUGCAGAGCGGGCAGACCAUCGCCCUGCCCGCCCAGGGCCUGAUCGAGUUCCGCGACGCCCUGGCCAAGCUGAUCGACGACUACGGGGGCGAGGAGGACGAGCUGGGAGGCCCCGGGGGCGGCGGGCCGGGCGGCGGGGGGCUCUACGGGGAGCUGCCCGAGGGCACCUCCAUCACCGUGGACUCCAAGCGCUUCUUCUUCGACGUGGGCUGCAACAAGUACGGCGUCUUCCUGCGGGUGAGCGAGGUGAAGCCGUCCUACCGCAACGCCAUCACCGUCCCCUACAAGGCCUGGGCCAAGUUCGGCGGCGCCUUCUGCCGCUACGCCGAGGAGAUGCGCGACAUCCAGGAGCGCCAGCGGGACAAGCUCUACGACCGCCGCGCCGGACCCCCCGGUCCCGGCAGCGGCAGCGGCGCUGGCGACGACUCCGACGGCGACGACGUGGACGACGACUGAGCCCCCGCCGCCAGCGCCCGCCGCCCCCCCCCCCCCCCCCUCCACCCUUCCUCUUCCUUCCCUGCCCUCCCCGGACCCCCCUUCCCCUCCUCGCCGCGACGGGGAGAAGGGGGCCCCGAGCCCGCCUCCGAGCUCCCCCUCCCUGGCCCCCGGCUCCGCCACCGGCGAGAGGAGAGAGAAACCGGCCCGACCGCAGCCACCGACCGCGUCCCUCCCUCCUCCGCGCACGCCCCGACCCGCGCCGCCGCCGGGACGAGCCCCCGGCAUCCCCCCGGGGGGACGAGCGCCCGGAUCCGUCCCGGCCCCGGCGUGCGGCGGCCCCCCGGGGGGGGGCCGGGAUUGCUGGUUUCGGUGGUGGCGGGGGCACGGCGCCGACACGGACAGAAGGGGGUCGGGGCGGGAGAGGAGAGAGGAUCCGGGCGGGCCCCGGCCCC